AAAUAUCACCUGCAGAUGCUGAGAAGGUCAAAGAAACGUACGGUAUCAAGAAGCCGAAGGUGUCUGCCUCAUGCACACGUACAAAGUCAACGGAAAGAAGGUUGAAGCGAAAACCAACAGAGCCUGUAGUCCCACCACACAGUUCAAAGCCAAAAAGAAGAAGGUCCGAACUAUCUUCAGAUAGUGGUAGUGACUGCCUAAGCAGUGGUGAUGAGUGGGCACCUGAGUUACGAAGUGGAUGUAGCGGGACAACUGGGGAAAUCUCAGGUGAAACAGAAGCCCACUCCGGAACUCCUAAAUUGAUGGGGCUUACCGAUUCUGAAGGCAGUCGUUAUCCGAAGAGAAACAAAGAACGGCCAAACUACGCUGCAGAUAUAAAAAUCCCCGAAGAUGAUAGGUACCUGUGUAAGUUUCGUAUAGUUUAAAGUAGGUUAUUUUUUUUUGUGUUUGCACACUUAGGUGGUUAGCAGAUGUUUAAACAACUCUUAUUUUAAUAAAAGACUGUUAGUUUUGAAGUACUUUGAGAUUGUGAUUAUCACUGUUAUCUUUUAAGUCUUUCAGUCAGAUGUAUCGAGCUGAUGGCUCCAUAGUGGACGUUUCAACUACAUUUUAUGGCAUGUUUAAUCAGUAGAAAUUAAAAGUGAAUGCGUAGUUUAUCCUGCAUCUGAGUAACUCGUAAAUAAGUAUGAACUAAAUCCAUGCUUGAGGUGUACCACAGUCCUCGAAACGUUUAUGAGAAGGUAGAAAUAAGGAAAAGAUGGUAUUUGAUUAACUAUGUUUCAGUCGACUAAAGUUAAAUGUAAACAGAGAGCAGUUGUACUUGAAGCAUUCCAUUGGUGUGGAAACACUGAAAUGCAGAAUUUAUUUCUCAUAGAGGCCUGUAUGAAUUUAUGUCGCGUAAUAGACAUAAGUGUUGUCUGUGGUGAUUUCAAAAAGUGACUUAGUGUCAUUGUUGUUUCUUCAAAUAGUUAUUAACACUAAGUCUUUACUCUUAAAAGUAGGUGUCAUCAUGAGAAUACAAUUUGUUGUAGAAUUUAGUAACCAAUUAAAAACCUUCUAUAGGAAUCGUUCUGAUUUUUACUUCAACCCUUUGUAUUAUUCAGAUUGCUACACAUGCAAACGCUCAG